AUGCUCUCAUCGAAAUGGACAUCAACCCCACGAGAGUUUCCAACUUCGGGGCUCGAGUUGCUCGACGCAUCGCCAAAGUUUGAAGAGGAAACAUUACCGACAUAUUCUCCCGAAAAUUACUAUCCGGUAGAGCAGGGCGAGGUUUUCAACGAGAGGUACCAAGUGCUAGCCAAGCUAGGCUAUGGAGUAACCUCGACCGUUUGGUUUGCCCGUGACUUGGCUGAAUCGACAUAUGUUGCACUGAAAAUUUACGUGUUGGGUCAAGAAAGGGAGCAUGAACUGAACGUUUAUCAGCACAUUAACUCCCUGGAAACGAAUCAUCCUGGCAGGAAGUUCAUUCGAAAAAUGCUUGGUCACUUCUACGUGCAGGGCCCUAGGGGCCGUCACAUUUGUCUAGUUCAUGAACCACUUGGGAUGAAUGCGAAUGAACUGCUGCGACGCAUCCCAGGCCGGACAAUGACCCUCGGAAGCAUGAAACCUGCUAUCCGUCAACUCCUUGGCGUCUUGGACUUCCUCCAUUCUGUGGCCCGCCUCAUCCAUACCGACAUCCAGUUGAAAAAUUUACUUGUUCCUACGCCUUCAUCCCCUGCACUUGCGGAUUUUGAAGAGCGUGAAAUAAAGGCUCCUGCAGCAAGGAAGAUCCUUACAGACCGGACAAUCUAUACAACCUCGCGUUUUCCUGCAGGAGACGGACUCCCUUUGCUAGGGGAUUUCGGAGAAGCCCGAUUUGGCGAUCAGGAAAACAGUGGAGAUAUUAUGCCAGACUACUACCGUGCCCCGGAGGUUAUCUUAAAAUCGAACUGGGACUACAAGGUAGACAUCUGGAGUGUUGCCAUGGUCGCCUGGGACAUUGUCAGCUCUCAAACCCUCAUCAAGGGUGAAAUCAGAGAUGGCAUCUUCGAUGACGGAGUCCACAUUGCGGAACUGGUGGCGCUGCUCGGCCCUCCGCCACGGGAAUUCCUCGAAAAGAGCGACCUGAGUUGGGUAUUCUGGGAUGAAUCUGGUCAAUGGAAAAACUUGGUCCCAAUUCCUGACCGAUCCCUUGAAAAACUGGCUAUCAGCAUCCAAGGCGAGGAUGUGGAGGGUUUCUUGCGGUGGCUGCGACGUGCCUUGCAGUGGAACCCCGAAGACCGCCCAACAGCCCUAGAGCUCCUGAUGGACCCAUGGCUGAUGAAGGGGCUCAAUCUGAAGAAAAAAGAACCCAAGGGCUCCGAGGAAAAGGCUCAAACUUAG